AUUUCGAAGAGUCAGAAUGAAUCCGGGAUAUUUGCUGCUGCUGUUUCUGUCGCUGUUGUUUCAAAGCUGCCGUUCUGUCCCCAUAUCACGUUUCUAUGAAUUUGCAGGAUCAACAGGAGAUCAAACUUUUACUAAUGUCGAUGAUCAAUCCACAUCCUUAAAUCUACUAAAUAACUUUAUCUUUUAUGGCACAAAUUUCAGUACCGUUUUUAUAAACAACAAUGGCCUCCUUUCAUUUUAUGCGGCUCAUAAUGAAUACACAUCUGAUCCAUUUCCUUUACCUCAAACACUCAUUGCUCCAUUUUGGGCUGAUGUAGACACACGUGGUGGAGCUGGGACAGUCUAUUGCAGAGAAACUGCUGCUAGUGCCAUUGUAAGCAAAGUGGCGCAAGAUGUCCGGCUUGCAUUUCCAAACCAGCCUCCAUUUACAGCUAAGUCUGUUGUAAUAGUGACAUGGUACAUAGUUGGAUAUUAUGAGGAGAAUGACAACAAACUCAAUACAUUUCAGUGUGUCCUAGCUACUGAUGGAGGUCGCUCUUAUGUCUUGUUCCUUUACCUUGAUGAUGGUAUAAACUGGGUCACUGGUGAUGCAAGUGGCGGCUCAAAUGGCAUUGGUGGAACAGAAGCUUAUGUGGGAUUUAACUUUGGAGGGCAAAAUGCCACAUAUUUUGCUGUGCAAGGCUCUAGGACACUGGCAGUGAUUGAUAUCGAAACUACCAGCAAUGUAGAAGUACCAGGGCUUUGGAUCUUUCAAGUCAAUGAAGUUCAAAUUGUUACUUCUACAAUAGGGUCAUGUGGGACUCCAGACCAGUUAUAUGCUAAUGCAACUAUUUUGAGCUACAACACUACAACUGUUAAUAGUACAGCUACAUACAGCUGUCAAAAUGGCUACAAUUUAGUUGGAAUUUCUGUAAGGACCUGUCUGAGCAGUGGAAAUUGGAGUGGGAGCCCACCUUACUGUCAGAUUGUCAACUGCACUGAACUAAUGGUUGAUUCAAGUGGAGCACUGUCUGUUUCAUAUUCAUCAAAUUCUUACUCUUACAACAGUAAAGCUACCUACAGCUGUCAAAAUGGCUACAUUUUAGUUGGAGCUGCUAUAAGGACCUGUCAGAGCACUGGAAGCUGGAGUGGGAAUGCACCUUACUGUCAAAUUGUUAAUUGCAGUGAGCUAAUGGUUGAGUCAGAUGCAGUUGGAGGACUAUCUAUUUCUUAUUCAUCAAACUCUAGAUCUUACAAUAGUACAGCUACUUAUAGCUGUGAAGAUGGCUACAGUUUAACUGGAGUUUCUGUUAGGACUUGCUUGAGUGAUGGAAAUUGGAGUGGAGAUCCACCUUACUGUCAAUCAAUUAACUGCAGUGAGCUAAUGGUAGAGUCAAACGCAUAUGGAGGACUCUCUGUUUCUUUGAGCAGUACAAAUGUUAACAGUACAGCAACUUACAGCUGUACAUAUGAAGGAUAUAAACUGGUUGGUAAUGGAGUAAGAAUAUGUCAAGCUAAUGGAAGAUGGUCAGAAGUUGAACCAAAGUGUGAAAUUACUGCAAUAAAUCUUUACGGAGCAUCAAAUGAAUCAACACCAACUCGCCCAGUAUUUGAUUUGAAGAUAAACUCAUCAUCUCCAACCUCUUUCAUGAUAUCUUGGACUCCUCCAAUGCUAGAUUACUUGAAUGGUCCUAACAUUACAUAUGUUAUCCUAGUUACAUCAGCAAACAGUUCUUUUAAUUAUACCAGCAAUACUAAUUAUGCAACCAUUGUCAGACUCCAGCCAUUUACUACGUACUGGUGUAGAGUAGCAGUUAGAAACAAUGCUGGAAUAGGUCCAUAUUCACUUAGCAUUGAGAUCAAAACACUAGAAGAUGUCAUUGUUGGGGAAAAAACUUAUAUUUAUAAGACAUCUGACAGGAACAUUACAAUUGAAAAUCUCCAACCAUCAUAUACUUAUAAUAUCUCUGUUGCUGCCUUUACUAAUGGGAGAGGUCCUUUCAGUGAACCUAUAAGCAUUACCAUGCCUGAUGAUGUGCCAAGUGGAAGACCUCAGUCACUAAAUCUUGCAUCAGCAGGAGCUACUAGUCUUAGUAUUAGUUGGAAUCCUCCAGAUGAGGAAGACAGAAAUGGAAAUAUCAAUGAGUAUAUUGUUAAUGUUACUAAUACAGACACGCUAGUUACAACUCAGUUUACUACUGCUAAUAAUGACUUCAGUAUUGUUGACUUGAAUCCAGAUACAACGUACAGUCUGAGUGUUGCUGCCAGAAAUGCUAAUGGAACUGGUCCUUUCACUCAAUCACUACUGACAAAAACUGGUCAAUCAGCUCCCAGUCAACCUCGCCAUUUGAAAGCUAUUGCCAUCAGUUCAUCAAGUAUACUGUUAGCUUGGGAGUCCCCUUCUAAUCCUAAUGGCGAUAUUACAGAAUAUUAUAUUAAUAUAACUGAUGAAUCAACCAGCACUGUUGUAAUGCAAGAAACUAGUAAUAUCACAUAUGUCAUUAUUACUGAUCUCAGCCCAAACAAUACUUAUCGCUGUCAUGUAGCAGCUGCUACAACUUAUAUUGGUCAAGUCUCUGAAUAUGUUUUUGUUAACACAGGGGAAGAUGUUCCCACAGCUGCACCGUUAUCAGUGUUGCCUAUAGCGAUUGAUUCAACAAUAAUAUCUAUCUCAUGGUCACCUCCAAAUAUAAAUACAACCAAUGGUGUCAUUCGUCAUUAUAAAGUCUCCAUUAUUAAUAUGGCAACUGGAUCAGAGCAAACCCUUACUACAGCCAAUUCUCACCUUACAAUACUCAUGCUGACCCCAUUUACUACAUACAGUGUGAGGGUAGCUGCUUUUACUAUUGGCACUGGGCCAUAUAGUAGACCAAUUAAUGUUACAACAGCCAAAGAUAGUUGCCAAGUGAUGCACCAAAAAACUUUGAUGCCACCACCAAUGGAUCCAACUCUCAUUUUGAAAUGGUCCCCUCCUAACACUCCUAAUGGAAUCAUUAGAUACUAUCAAAUCACAUUAUUGGAUCAAACUAACAGCACUGUAUUUCAUUUCAAUACUACAGAGUUUGAGUUUACUGUCAAUGAAUUGCUGUCCUUCACUAGAUACACAUGUUAUGUCUCUGCAUUUACAAUUGCUGCUGGGCCUGCUGCUGUGUUGACCAUUAUGACACAAGAAAGUGCGCCAAGCAACCCUCCAACCAGUAUAAUGCUGAAAAGUGUCAAUUAUACUUCAAUAAAUGUGUCAUGGAGUCCUCCAGCUGUGCCUAAUGGAUUAAUUCACUUGUACAUCAUUAGAAUCAGUAAUGGUCUGUUAGUGAUUGAUUAUAAUUCAACUGAAGAGUAUAUGCUUAUCACUGGAUUGAUGCCUAAUCAAAAUUACACUGUAUCUUUAGCAGCAGUUACCAUUGAUGUAGGACCAUUCUCAACUAAUCUGGUUAUUACACUCCAAGAAAAAGUUGCUACUGAUCCUCCUACUGGUUUAUGCAAUGAGUUAAAUGGUAGCAAUUUAACUUUGCACUGGCUGCCACCUCCUGAUGGCUCAGUUGAUGGAAUUAUCAGUGGGUAUAGAAUCAAUUGCACUGGAGAAAAUGAGCACUUUAUAUCAAAGACAGUAUCAAUGACAAGAGCCUCUGUUGAUCUUGGAAAGGACACAUAUUACACUUGUAUGGUGUGUAUUUUGACAUCUGCUGGCUGUGGCCCUUCAGGAGUUAACUACAUCAAUACAUAUUCUGGAUUUCCUGUUGGGCCUCCUCAAUCAUUGAGUGUCAAUGCUACAGACCUAUCAAUACUGAUAGACUGGGAGGCUCCAUUUGAUCCAUUCAACAUCAUAACAUCAUAUGCUAUCACGUAUCAGUUACUUGAUACUCCAGUGUCUCUGGCAGUGCCUCGUCCUGUAGCAACAGUGUCUGGUAUAACGGAUACAAUGUAUUUAUUGGAAUUAGUUUUAUCAGCAUCUUCGUACAACAUAACAGUUUAUGCUAAUACCUCUAAUGGGACUGGAAUAGAGAGUGAGCCAAUAGCCAUAACUACUCAGAAAUCAGGUACAAAAAGUACAAAUCUCUUUAACCUAUGA